UACCGCUUGGGAAGUAAGCAGUCGUGUUUGUGAUACGUGCUCGUGUGACAAGUGCAAACAGCAGUGUGUUAAACAAAACUUGAAACUGGACACCAGUUUCUUCCAACAUUAUGUACAUGCCGAAUGGAGACUGAUUAUGCAAGAAGGUAACACGAAGCCUACACUGCGUCUUCAAACUACAUGUUGUUCGCUGUCUGCUUAGCGUAAGCCUCAACCAGCUGACGAACUGAUUGUAGAAGCAGAUGGCUUACCACCUUAUGGUCACCACCACAUCUGGUGUGUCAUCGACAGGGUGGCUGGCCCCUGUGUACACGUCACGCAAGCUGUUCUGCUGUGUCUGAUCCUGCUGUGGGUUCUGGGUCUUCAGCCUCAAAGAACCCCAAUAGAUCCAACAGCCAGCCAGAGAUGUCAGAGGCAGGAGUGGCUGGUGCUUGCAGCAGCUCAUCAGAGUCCCGCACAACCACCGUGGCCUCUGCGUUAGUCACUUCCACCAACUCCCCACAUAGCCAGGUCUGCCCGCACUGCCAAAAAGUAUUGGUGGGGAAGGAUGCACUGGUGGUACACAUCAAAGAGGAACAUCCAGUCAGCAUGGUGAUGACCAGCUCCACCUCAUCGACAGCAGUGUUGGUCUGCAGCAACAAGUCGGAGGGGCUGAAGAGACGCAUCUCAGUGACUCGUGGUGGGCUGCUGGAUGGGACACUCAGUAACCAGCUGAAGAGCAAGAUUAGCUCGGGGCUCAACCAGCUGACACAGAGCCUGCUGCAGAAGCAGAUGGCGCACAGCCCUGUGUCCAUCUCCACAUCCACAUCAGGGUCAUCGUUGGCAGGCAGGCUGGGCCCCGUGUCCACCUUGGAGCCAGCGAAGAAGAUGCGACGGCUGAUUCCAAAGCAGAGCCCCACGAUCAGCAUGUAUUACUUGUACCCCUACAUUUGCUUCUACUGCGGUUUUUGGUUCAAACAACAGAGCACUCGUAACAGGCACAUAGUGCAUGCACACUGGAAUGAGGUCAACUCCUCCAAAUCGAAGCAAAGCUCAAAGCAGGCAGAGCCAGACGAUGCAUCCAGCAGUGAAGAUUCUGACCACAGCUCUGGCAUCAACAUCAGCACACUGCAGGAAGUUUUAGCUUACAGCAAGGUGGAGCGCAGCUGUCCUGAGCCCCAGCCACAAGUGCUGUCUCCCAUACAGGUCACAGGCCACAAUGGCUGCGGCAAGGAAGCUGCUGCAUCCGGUUGUGCCACCAUCACAUGUCCACCCAACAAGGAGAUGAUAAAGCAGAAAGCAGCGGUGACACCAAGUGUGCAGAGGAGUCGGAGUGGGCGCUGUGGGGUGUCACAGGCCAAAUGUGUGACGCGAUUCCCAUUGCCACCAGCAUCCAGUGCGAAGGGUGCUGCCAAGCUGGUAAAGGAGGCUGCCGUCAGCCUGCCACUUGUGGAAACUGACCCACUCAUGUCUCCGAAGCAGGAGAAUGAGUUUGUGUGUGUUGAGGAAGAAAUCCCAGUUCUGCACAAGUGUGACUUGCCCAAUUGCCUCAGUAAUGCACAGGAUCCCCUAAGAAUUGAUGAAGAGAUUGAGGCAGUUGCUGAUGAUCCACUUCACAUCUGUAAUCCACAGAGCAUUAAGAAAGAGGUUCUCGAAGGUCCAGUAGUAGUCUCAGUGUUCAGUGGCUGCGUCAAAGAGGAUCCAGAACUAGAUUUAGGAGUUAAUAUAACUGACACUAAAGAAGCAGCAACAAGAGGAAAUGCUUCAGAUAUUACACGGUAAAAGAUUCAUUAUUUUACUGAUGCAUUUGCUUUACAUGGUAAGGUUGGGUCUUCAUGCUUUCUUCCACAUCUAUCCAUAAUGUCCUGUAGAAAUUCUCACUGCUUGUGGUGGCACAGUGGGGAAGAUGCAAGAAUGGUUCUUGUGAGAAAAACGUGGACAGUUUCCUCCCCAUUUGUCCCCAUUCUUAGCUUUUAUUUCUGCUGUAGUGACACUGUUGUUGACAGGGCAUUGAAUUGUAAUUGUGCCCCUUUAGAUAUUCACUUCACAUGUAACAUU